AUGCUAUGUAUUGAAACAUCAUCUUGUGAUAACAGUAGGUAUAAACGUGAUAUGAUAACCUUGAUAAGAGUAACCAUAAAGGUAUAACAAAAGGUAUGACUUGUGAUAACAGCAGAUAUAACCGUGAUAACAGUGUGGUAAUAAUGUCGAGAGUGGGCGUGUCCUAUAUGGUCUGCGAAAAGUGGUGAGCAAUUCGGGAGGCCAUGUACUAGGUAUAGCACUUCGUCCUUGCUCUUGAUCCUGAUUUAGAACUCUCUAUUUUAUACUACUCAUAUAUAUGUAAUUUACAAUCUUUAUAUAAAACAACUACGAGCGUAAAAGUACAUAUUAAUAUAACAUCUAACACGAAUAUAUUAAUCAAAUGCCCAUUUUAAUAGAAAUUUAUUUUUUAUUUUUAGGCAAGCGAAAUUCCUACUGUUGUGGUCGCCCACACCGAAAAAACUCGGUAAUAUUAUUGUUUAUUGUGAUAUCGUAAAAUCAAAGAUAAAUGGUCUAUAAAAAUUGUAUUUUUAUAAUUUUAGGCAAGCAAUGCAUGCCAUCGCGGUCAAAUUGAAUUCGCUUACUGGCAAAGUAGACAAGUUUGAACGAAUGCUAAGUAAGCUAUAAUGCUAUUUUAAAAUCUAUUUGUUUGUUUUCACUCUUGAGUAACGUUGUAACACCGUGCCACAGUGGCUCUAAAUCGAAGCUGGCCGAAACUGAUUACUCCAAAAUUGUAAAAUUGUAUACUAUAACAAAUCAACAAAUAUUGGAUAAUGAAUUUCAAAGGUCCUAGAGCCAAGAGCCUAGAGCCUUGUUUUUAAAAUUAAACCCUUAUUUAAGGGGGUAUCUCUUACGUAAUCACGGGGUGGCAUAUAGCGAAAUGUGCGAUUUGAGUAUUAAAAUUGUAUUUUAUAACUACUAUAGUUUCGAAGGUAUUCCUUAAUGAGGUUACAUAUUUGUUGUCAAAUUAAUUUAGUUUUCAAAAAUUUAAAUUGUUCGACAUUUUAUAUAAUAAUAUGUUUUAGAUUUGAAGCUUAGCGAGGAAUGGAUCGGUUAAAAAUUUCCUACCAGAAAACUUGAUCUAAAGUAUCAAGUGUAGCACAUUUUCUGAAAGGAAAUUUUACUAGUUUGGUACUUUAGGGAGGUCAUGUUUUGAUUAAGUGGUUUUCAUAAUGGUUGGAAAAAAAACUGGGAAAAUACGUAGGAAAAACGUAGGGAUAAACGGACAAAUAUUUAUGGAAUAAUGAUUACACGGCUUUAAAUAUUUGUAACUUAUGUUUUCUGUUAUAGAAAUCUGUAAAAUCAUGCUUCAUUCAAAAAUUGACAAGAUUUUUAAUUUUUAAUUUAAUUAGUGAAUAAAAGCUGUCAAUUAGUUGUCUGCGUAGGUUUUUUUUAAUAAUUGGGCAAAAACAAAAAAUCCUUUAAUUUCGUUUUAUUUUUUUUUUAUAGUUUAGUUAAAUAUAUUCCUAGAGAAAUAAAAUUUUGACGAAAAACUUAUUUUUUCUAUAUGUAAAAAAAUUGUUGAGCUAUUUAUAGGCAUUUUAAUUUUACGAGUUUUUACGUGAUUUUUUUUAUUCUGUAAGAAUUUUGUGAAUACAAUUGCUAGACUAAAGAGAAAUGCUUAAAAAUUUAACAGGAGGUUCAUUAUAAAUCAUAUUCAGUGAAAAAAAAUAAUAAAAUAAUUGAGUGUGAUGUGGUAUUUUUUUUUUUUUUUAUAAGAGUUUUAUUAGGUAUCAAAUUUUGACGAAAAUCGUAAAUAAUACGGCCUUUCAAACCAUGCAUAACAAAACUUCGCUACGAAUCUUUUUUCGUUAGCAAUUGAUUAUCGUUGCGUAUGAAUAUAAAUUAAACAACUUAAUGUAAUUUAUCUUCUCAACAUCCCAUCUACAAGAGUGGCACACACGUCACCAGUACAGCACCUUUUUAAAAAUAAUUUUAAUCUAAUAAAUGUAACAUACAUAUGAUGGAACCUUCCGAAACUAUUAUACCAGAUACCUAAUUACGAAAUAUGAUUUUGAUAACUAUAAGUCAAUCGCAUUAGCUUCAUGUUUUAAUUAUAGUGUAUUUAAUUUGUAGUUUAAAAAUGCAAUAGAUUUUCUGCCACUUCUCUCCCUUCCCUACGCCCUUGUUAGUGAGGUCUGUGCACUUCAAUGCAUUUUACCGUCUCUAUAUACUGUGUGGAAAUGCUAAUUGAAAACACUCUGUAUCCUUAACAGAGCUAUGUAUUUAAAUUUUUUUUUGUUUAGUUGGUUGUUUAUAGUAAGCAUACACAUUUUCACGUACUUUACAUUGUUUACUGCUUAUUAGAUAUUUGCAUGCGAGGUACAACAUUUUUUUCUUAAAAUGCAAAAAUUCCAUAUUAACCGUUUAUUAUUAGUAUUUUUUUCUAUAUUUUUCAUGAAUUUCAAUGGUCAACUUAAUGUUUUAAGUCCAAAAUUAAUUGAUAUACCAACGGAAAUUUAAAGCUACUCUAUAUUAUUAAGUAUAACGACAUUAAGUAAUAUUUAUAUUAGUAAUAGUAAGUUUAAAGUACCCGAUACAAUACAAUACAUGAUAAAAAAUAAUAAAACCCAAGUUAUUAAAGUUUAUAUUACCAUUUUAGUAGGUAAAUAUUAGUGAAAAAUAGUUUGAAAUCGGCAUAAUAUCAAAUAUUUUAUUGAAUAGCUCUGUCAAAUAACUUUAAAUUGCCGUAUCUAAACUAAUUUUGGGUUUGGAAAUGGGGAGGUUACCAUUUAAGAAAAAAAAAGUUAAAUACGCAUAUCGCGUAUAUAAACAUAUACGUGCAUACGCAUAUCUAAUACUAUCACAGUAUUACAGUAAAAUAGGUUAAAUGAGUGAAAAUGCAUACAGUUCAGUAUAAUAACAACCAAUAAAAAAAAAAUCAAAUCAAAUUCUAUGACCCUGUACAAAGAUACAGAGUUUACUCAAUUAACUUUUCCACAUCACAAAGUAUCAUAAUUAAUCACGUGAAUUUGAAUUGCAGAGGAAAAACAAACAGAGGAAAAGCAUGUCCAGGAAAAACUGUCAAAGGAAAGACAGCCAGACGAAAAAUAUGAUAGUUCUAAUAUGUACUCUCAAUCAAUUUUGCCCAAAGUAAAUAUACCUUAAAUAUACCUUAUUGUAUUGUACGUUAUUAUAUUUUAUAUCUGUUACAUGGUUUUCUUGAUAUUCAGGGUUCCGUGGUGUCACUUCUGAGCAAAGGGCCGAAAACGGUCCGUUUACAACCAUCUCCGUCGGAAAUAAGUCAACCAAGUAUUAACCAUUUUUUUUCUAUUUUAAAUUCUAAGCGAAGCAAAAGAAGUAGUUUUUGUUAACCCUGUAGUAAUUUUUGGAUCCUAAUCGUAUUGUUUUUACUAGAAUAUGAUUUGUGAUUUUUUUCAUGUUCGUAAAUAAUUUUUCUACUUAAAAUCUUGUUCCGAUCAUCGACUUCAGAGGUAGUAGUUUGGCCGGUCGUCAGUAGUUCGUGCAUUAAAAAAGUAAUUUUUUUCAAUUUUAAGUUCAUAAUAAUUGUAAUUUAUAAUUGGGAAAACUAAGAUCCAAUUUAUUUCAGUUGGGUUUAAUUCAGUUAAACAUAAUCGUAUCAGACCAUUAAAAGGCCCAGAGACGUAUUGACGAUUUUGGCACCCUAGGUAAACAAAUUUGGCACCCAAUUUCUAUUUCCAUUUAACAAUAUGAACAUAAUUACAAGACGCAAGGUGACAUAGUUUCUCACAGUGACCUCCCAAUGAUUAAUUAAAUAUUAACAAAUACCUACAUUUCAUAUAUUUUCCCGUUUUUCCCAUUUGUUGAUAAAAAUCCUGAGAAAACAAAAAAAUGAUCUCUUUAAAGUACCUCCCCAGGUUAUGAUCUUUUAGAAAAAGUGCUAUAAUUAUAAAAUUAAGCAAAAUUUCCAAAAGAAAAGUAGUACACAAAAAAAAUAAAACGUAAUAUUUUACUAAUAUAUUUCGUAUAUUUUCCCGUCUUUCUUCCUUUAUAUUUGGUUUUUCACUUUUGAUAAGAAAAAUCCUGAGUAAAAAGAAAAAUGACCUUAAAUUACCUCUCCAUGUCGAUUUAGCUUCAGAAAAUGUGCUACACUUAAAAAUCGGAGCAAGAUUUUUAGUAGAAUAGUUGCGCACAGAUAAACAAAAUAAACAUUUUAGUAAAAUUAUAAGCUUCUUCGCUCCACUCACAAUUAAAAAAUUAAUUAAAUGCAAACCUAAAUUUCUUUUCUAUUAACGAUGUAUAUACACAUCAACAACAGAGUAACAAAUAACUGAUUGACUAAUUGUAAUGUCGCAUUUACGGAUUAACACACAAACUUGACACACACAAAUAUUAAAUAUUUUUAGAUGGAUAAUAUUCAUAGAAAUACAGAAUAAAUAUUAUGAAAUCAAGGUUAUCACUAAUAUCAAUAUGAUUGUUAAUAUCAUGAUCUAACUGUAGUUAGUAGUGUUGUGAAAAUAGAAUGUUAUAAUUAUAUUAUCUUAACCGGUAGGUACCAAUAAAGUACGUGUUUAGAAGUAAGAAUGGGCAAAACAAUAAAUUAUUCUGAUAACAAAGAAUUUAUGAUAUCAGUUAUCACUAUUUUUUUCAUAUAAUAUAAUAUCUCAAUAUAAAUCCUUUAAAAUAAAAUAUUAAAGAAUUAAUUGUUUUAUUUUAGUAUCACUUAACUUUGAAAACAAUUUAACCCCUAGCGACGGCACCUCUUUUAGGGAUAAUUUGACGCCCGGGGCAAUUGUCACCUGUCGCCCCCCCUCUAAAUACGCCAAUGGAGACCUGAUGAAAUUGUCACAGAAUACAAAUAUCAACGAUUAUUAUAUUAUUCCCGUUCGUUUGGCUCUACACAUUUAAUUUUGUUUUAUUCAUUUAUAUGAAGUUUCAGAUUUGAAGUUAUUGUUUAUUUGUUUAUUUUUAUUUUUUUUUACUAUAGAAGUGUUGUUGAUAGACGAAGUAAUCUCUUCGAAAAUUCGCGAAAGUAUUAAUGUGGGUAAGGUCACAGACAUCGAUUCCAACGACCGAUCUAUGCGUAAAAGUAGUAUAUUAAUGUCUCCAUUACCAAAGGAUGAUAAUGAAAUUGACGACGGCGAAAUGUCUUUGUCGUACAUCAAUAACAAGCUAGGAUCAUUUCCGACAAAGGAAAAAUAUAUUCUUAACAAGUAUUUGCUUUACAGAAAUAAAUAAUUAUACACGUGAAGUUUAAUAUUGCCCGACAAUAUUAAAGUAUAAUAAAAUACAAAACGUCCAUAUUUAUUAUUAUUACAGUUAUGAACCGAUCGUGUUAAUGAAACACAUUGAAAAACUUUUGAGCAGAAUGAAUAAGAUGGAGCACGACAUAAACAUGUUGUUCAAAGUUAGCAUUAUGAUGAAAGUAUACUUAUGCAGUGUAAACAAUUUUAAUAAUUUCCUAACUUUCAGGUCAGUGAAUCCGAAUCUACAAGUACCUUGUUUUCUGAAACUGCCUCGGAUGAUAAGAUCAUUAUCGAAGAAGUGCAACCUGAUGAAGUGUAUAGUUUCGACGUAAGUGCUCGAUUGUUUUAUCGCUUCAGGUUUCGAGUAUAAAGAUUAAUUUUAUUGUGUAUUUUGAACAGAUACAGAAUUCGUUAUUACAACAAACGAUCUUAAAAAAAUUAGUAUGUAAAACAAAACCGACAAAGUUUCAAAGUGUCUUCGGUCUAUCAUCGAAGAAGAAGGAAUCAGAGGGCUUCAUGACGAUUAAAAAUUUCUAUUCGUUUUUUGAAGAUUAUACGAACAAAUUCCAAAUCAUACACGAUUUCUUAGCGUUCCACGUAAGUACUGGUUAUCAAAACUAAUUAAGUACAAUUAACUAAGUACAAUAUUAUGAUGGUUUUGUUUUUUAUAUUUUUGUUUAAAAGAAUGCAACGAUAAAGCAGUCCGUAUCGGUUAUAAACGAAUGUGUGGAAAACAAACUAGAUUCACAUGAAUUUUUAAAAUUCAAAAAAAAUAUUCAUGCAACACAACUCAAAAUAAAAAAUGAUAUAAAAGAACACAUUCUGAGGGAUCCGGAAGCGGCGGGAAUAGUUCAUUACGUUAAGUAAGAAAUCCUAACUUAACCUAUAAUCUAAUUAAAACCUAAUUCGACUGAAAUCAUAAAUGGUCCAAUCGGCAGUGAGACACAAUAAUAGCUAGUCAUCACUACUUCGUGUUACCUAACACUGUUGUUUUACAUUGGUAAAAUAUUGUUUUUUAAGUUUUCCAAUAAAAAAAAAAAAAAAAUAAAAAUUACCUUAGAAUAAUAAUCUUCUGUUUUAGGGAUGUUACGUGUUUGUCGUGCGCGAAACCAGUCAUGAUGAGGACGACAAGCACACCUAUGAAGCAUCCAACAAAGGGCGUUUACACACCACGACCAUGCUCAAAAGCGCCCCUUAUAACCAACCAAUUGGACUUGGUCAGGAAAGAAAAUAUCCGGUAUUAACAUUGUCGUAUUCAUAUACCUACGAUUAAUCAAUUUUAGUAGUUAAAGCGAGCGUACCGCGGAUUCUCUCUUUUAGUUUUCUUAUUUAAUAUACGCUUAAGUUUAUUGUCACAGAAGUGUUUUUAAUGAAAUUUUAAAUAUUCAAAUUAGUUCUAUUAAAAAAAAAUUCUUUAUUACUUAUUCGACUAUACAUAAUAUUCGAUUUUAUUUUAUUUUUACUGAGCAUGCAUAGUUUGCUGGAAGUUUUAUUGGGUCAUGAAUGCUCCUCAAUUUUCGGUAAAUAUACGCCCCUCUCGUAGUUUUUCCCACUUUAACCACUGAUGAACUAAGUUGGUAGAUAGAAUAUUGUAUUUGAAAGUUUGUUGAAUAAAUAUCCUCUUAGCCUUUAAAUACAUUCUAAAAUAAUACAUACAACAUAUAUAUUAGAUUAAUUAUUAUUAUUAUACAAGCUGACGUGUAAAAAAAAAAAACGGUUUUAUAUUUUAUUAUACGAAAAAACUGAUAUUCGGUAAUGAUAUCCAAAUAAAAAAUGGCUGGAGAAAAACAAGACCAAAUAAAAGAAGUAGUCAGAUGAAAAAAUUUAGUUUAAAUAUUAUUACUUUUCGUAUUAUUAUUAUUAUUAUUAUGUAUUCUUACUCUUAAGACAAUUUCCUCUGGCUGUUUUUGUUUAUAUUAUGGCCUUUUUUUUAUUUGUCCAUUAUUACUUAGAUUCAAAAAAAAAGGACAGGUACAUAUUAUAUGCAAUAAAUAAUAAAUGAAAAAUAAUUGAGAUGGUAAGAUAAGUAAGAUAAAAAAAGGUCCUUUGACGUCAAUUUAAUAAUUUUUUCUUUCAGAAAUAAGAUUGUUUUAAAUUAGUUAAUUUUUCAAUAUUUUUUGGGGGCUUUAGGAAAAAUAACCGUUUUCUUUCCUAAAUUUUCCGAUUAUUUCAUAUCGUUAAAAAUACGAGUAUGUGUAUAGUUAGGUUGUGCAUGGGGUAUUUAACCAUUUAGCCAUUACAUGCAUAGGGCAACACGAUGAAACGAUUUUUAUUAUAGGUACCCUACUACAAUGCAGUGCUUACAUAUUGAUGACGAAGCCACUAAUGCCACUUAGGCCAGUUCUCAUCAACGUAAACGGUUGAUAUUUAAACAUAAAUUAUAAGAUAAUCGACCAAUCGUAGUCGGUUAUCAGCCAUAAAUUCAGUUUAAAAAUCAGAUAAACGUUUUUUUUUAUGUAGGUGAGAAAUGCCAUUAGACACGAGUGUAAAUGGUUGUAAAUGGUGUUUAUUUCAGACCUCAAUUUCCAGGGGGGAGGGGUAUCAUACAUUUUUAAUAAGGUGUGCCAAAGGCAGAUUUAGGCAUACACCUGGGAAAAUUUUACGAAGAUGCGCUCAACGAUGAUUUUUUUUUGUAACUGAUUAAAAUACGGUUAUUUAUAUAAAAAAAUAUUUUUUUAAAUUUAUUGUGAUCAAAAUGACUCAUAAUCAAAACAUAAUUAAUUUCACAUUUUGUCAUAUUAUAUGUAGUUUACCUACUAAUGUCAGACAUUUUCAGGGGGUGGUACCGAUUUUUCUUUCAAUUUUUAUGACGUGAUGGGGUAAUUUGAUCAGUCAUCUUCUGAAAUAAACACUAGGUGUAAAUUACUAUGCUCAUAACGGAAAUCAAUAAGUGUCGAAUGCAAUUUACUAUACUAUAUAUUAUUAUUUACUUCCUGCUCGACUGUGGCCCAAUUCAUAUUACCCAAAUAAACAAUGAAAUUUAUUUUUGUUUUUUUUUGCAGGAAACCCGGGGCCAACAAUCUGGACCUAACUACGUGCAAAUGUGUAACAAACCCAGGGUAAUUGCAUUUAUUUAUUGAACCAUGUACUAAAUAAUAAUACACUAUUGAUUCUAUAAACACAGAAGUAAUUUCAUAAAACAUUUUUUUUCUCUUCUACCAUAUAUAAGUAUAUUAUACUUAGUGGAUCGAAUAUAGAGUAAUAUUAUUUUUUAAGUACAAAAUUGAAUGUAAAAACAAAUUCGUUAGGUAAAUCUUUAGGUUAAUAAAGUGUUAAUAAGAUUUGUCUUCAUAGAAAACACGAUUGUAAUCAUGUGAAAACCAAGCACACGCAGGGUCAAAUCAUUUUUGUCAAUGAUCUGAUUCGAAUAACGCCAUUAGAGCGAUGGAUACAAUCCAAGUCAACUGUCACAAUGGUGAAUAAUAAUUGUAGUAAGGGAAUAAAAUAACACAAAUGUCGAGCCACGUUACAAGCAAUCUCAGCUUCUGUGAAGUUGGCCUUCUAACCACGGCCAAAUCGAUCCAUUCAAUGUAAGUUUAGCCCAUUCAAUUUUUAGUAAACGUAAAUUAAUUUGUAAAUAAUGUAAAGAAUUUGUAAGUCACCGCUAAGGUUUUGAAUGGCAGCUCACCCUCCCACAACCAGAUCAUUUAAAAUAAAUUGUAAGUUAUAGCUCUUUAAUUGUAACUUAAUGUAUGUCAAUUCUCAGAAUUUAUAAGAUAACCGUAUCCCGCAAGCUGAUUUUUAAGUUUUGUAUUUAUUAGGUUUAAAUAUUUUUAUUUUUAUUUAAAUUUAGUAUAUUAUUAUAGUAUAUUAUUUUUCAACCGGUUUGUAACUAUUUGCAACCAAGUUUUUGAAAUUUCAACCAAUUAUUUUCACCGAAAUAUCAAUUAUACUGGCGAUUAAAAGAGGGAGGAGCUUUUAGGUGGAAUAAAGUGCCCCAUGCCCUCUCAAAAAGGAAAAAAAAAACAAUCAAUUAUUAUUAAUAGGAACAUCUUAUUUUAAAUAAAAUUAAUCUUUAGAUUCAGAGUGUAGCGAAGAAUGGAUUGGUUUGACUAAGAUGUUUUUUUUAAAAUAUUUUUUUAUAAUAUGUAAACAAAUUUGACUAUAAAUUUUGUUUAGAUAUAUAUGCGUGGCCCCAUUUCUGAAAGGGAAUGUUGUCCAAAUGGUAUUUUAGAAACGAAAAAAAUUUAAGCCAUAUUUAAGCUAUAUCUAUACAUUUUAAUAUGGCAAAAUUGUACAUAAUUUUCGUGUAGGAAUUUAAUGUAGUAUUUGUUUUUUUUAAGCAAAUUUAGAUAAUAAAUUUUGAACUCUAUAUUGUCUUCAUAACUGUAUGUCUGUUUUAGUCGAAUAGUGAUGAAUACGUAUUGCCAUACUAGGGGUCAAGGAUACAAACCCGGGGAUCAAAAAUAAAUUGUUUGAACUUUAAUUUACCUUUUACCUAAAUAGGAAAAAAAACAAAUGCAUUUUAACUGUACCUCAAACGAUUAUAAUCUAAAACUACCCCUCGAUUGGUUGAACGAAUUGUUCUACAAGAAAUCUUGCAAUCAUGUAACAAAAAAUAUAAGAAAUAUAAUUAAAAGAUUAUUUUCUAAAAGGAAAUAUUAUCUCCGAGGUUUAGUGAGGACAUAUUAGUGAUUUUCUAAUAUACAAAAUAUAUGUAUUUGAAUAUAUUUCGAUUUUUUUUUGUAUGGACUACUUUUCUACAAACAACUAUUAAUGCUUAUGAAAUAAAUUCUUUAGAAAUUAUAUCUCAUAAAUUAAAACUCGAAGAAUGUAUUUUGUUACGUCAGUGCAAGCAACGGUUUUCUAUGAGAACAUUUUUUUUGGUAUUUAUCACUAGAUUUUUUUUUUGUAUUUUUUUAGAAGGAAAGUGCUAGUCGAUGGAGAUUUACUUUGCUAUUUUCAGAAGGAGCGUCAAUAUUGGAG